GUCAAGACAUCCCAACUACCUUUUAACAAAAACCAUAAUGGCAACCUGCAGUGGAUGUACAUGCGCUAGCGAAUGCCCAGCCUGUGGCCCCUCAGGGACCGGCUGUGCUUGCCCAAAGAACCAAUGUAACUGCCAGACAUGCGUCAACAGCGCACAUUCAGAGAAGUGCUCUUGCGCUGGCAAAGGGGAAAAUUGUGAAUGUUCUAAGCAGGGUCAAGUAUGUACUUGUGAGUCGAAGUGAAGAUUGAAAUGAGUAGGAUGGGCCGAAAUCAGAGGCGAUCAUCCGAUGAGGACGUUCAAAGUAUUGUACUAUGUAUUGAGU